UACAGUGAUGGUAGAGCACACUGUCAAUAUGCGUCGUUUCUGUGAGACAGAGGAAGGGAAGAAUGCACUGGGUAUGUUAUUUUCAUUGGCCAUUAUGCCUGUGACCCUGUCCCCCACCAAGGACAGUCCUGAGGAUCUCUGGAAUGCUGCUCAGCGUACAAGUUGUCAGCUACACACAGCCUUUGAUAAGGGUGAAAUGCUUAAGCAACUACGUGUGACAAAUUAUACUGUGUCAAGGAUGAAGACUGAUGCUACUCUGAAAACCACCCUGGAAAAAUCUGUACAGCAAAGGUGCUUUGGCAUUUCAAACCUGGGUGACUGUUCUGGAAUUUUGUCAGGAGGAGGGAAACAUGUGCAGGUGACAGAUAUCGCUAGAGCAGUAAACCUCCAAGAAGGACAAACAGUUUUGCAUUAUGUUCACACCUACCAAGGCAGACUGCGGUACAACUUGACAUACAAUGGGAAGAGGUUCACCCCAGAAAAAGCAAGUCAGUAUGCCAGUUGGACGCUGGAAUUAUUACGGUCCCUUAUUACUGACAUGGACGGUACCAAAGUUUAAAUCUGUUCUUGAAAUGAAAGGAAUGCUUGAUUGACCAAUAUUGACCAAUUUAAUUAUACAUGGUCAAAAAUGAAAAACAUAUACACCGUAAAUAUUUGAAGACAAUACAGUUUAAAUUUUGAGUUAUCAAUAUGUGUGUAAGAAACCAUACCCAAAAUUAAUGAUCCCAUUAUUAUUAAAGGCUUAUUUGUCAUAAGCAUCUGGAGUUUGGCUCCAUCUUAGCCCAUUAUAGUCAAGAUGUUCAUUUGCUAGAUUGAACAUUCAGUUCAUUGGCAUCCCCAUGUGAAAAAACCUGUUAUAGAUACAUGAAAGCAUGUUGACACCUUUUUGUAUGAACUGAAAUGAUUUUUA